AUGAACUUCCUAGCUGGAUAGAGACCGGCAAGAUGGCAGCGGACACGCAGGUUUCGGAUACACUUAAAAAAUUCGCCGUAAAGGUGACCACAUCAAGUAUAAAGGAACGCAAGGAGAUCCUUGGAGAGUUGAAACAAUGUAUAAUUGGAAAAGAAUUACCAGAGCCUGCCAUCAAAGGACUAUGCAAGCUAUUCUGUCUAACACCACACAGAUACAGGGAUGCUUCCUCCCGACGGGCCGUCCUGUCUGCCAUUGGUCUGCUGGCUGACUCCCAGCCCGACAUCUUAGCAGCCAGCCUCCUCCACUCCCUCCUCAACAGUGGAGUCACCAACAAACACGGAGUGCCUAGUAAGAGCACUGGCUCGGCAGCCUUCACUGGGCUGACCUGGACCUGCCUGCUGGUGCGCACCGUGUUCUCCGCUCCAGACAAGAGAGAGGGACCCGUCUGGAAGAAAAUGGUGGAGGUGCAGGGUCUGCUGCUGGCCGAGGUGGUGGGCGGGGCCCAAGCCACAGCUCUAAAGUCAAGCUUCAAGAGCCUGAGCCGUCUCUGGAAGGAGAAUCCUGGUCUGGCAGACCAGACCAUCAGUACCCUGUUGAGUCUGGAUCAGAACCCCAGCUCCCUGGUCCUACUAGGGGUGUGUCUGGACUACUGCACUGCCCAGAAAGAUAUUGCCACAGUAGAGAAACACAAGAGUGCCCUUCUGGACCUGUACGUGAAGUCUAUCCUCAUGAGCAAGACCAGGCCACACCAACACAUACUGGACAAGUGUGGCUCCCUGCUGCGCCAUGUGUCCCACUCUGAGUUCAAAGAGCAGCUGCUGCCCUCGCUGCAGAAGGCCAUGCUCCGCAGCCCUGAGAACGCCAUGCAGACCAUCUCCUGCCUGCUUGCCUCCAUUACCCUGGACCUCAGUCAGUAUGCCAUGGAUAUAGGAAAAGGCAUCGCAAGCCAGCUGAAAGCCAACAAUCCCCUGUUGAUGGAGCAGGCUGUUCAGGCCAUGCAGAACCUGUCUCAGCAGUGCAGCGACCCCAGCGCCGUGGAGGAAGUUGUCAAGCACCUCUUCAACAUCCUGGGAGGGUCAGAGGGGAAGCUCACGGUGGUUGCCCAGAAGAUGAGCGUGCUGUCAGGUAUCGGCAGCUGCAGCCACCACGCCGUGUCAGGAACUUCCAGCCAGACGCUCAGCUCUGCCGUCAGCGUGCUGUUCAUCCCCUACCUGCAGCAGGAAGUCCACGAGGGCACCCUGGUGCACGCCGUGUCCAUGCUGUCCCUGUGGAGCGCCCGUCCCUCCCUGGAGGUCCCGCCCGCCCUCCUGGACUGGCUGAAGAAGGCGUUCACCCUCAAGAUCUCCACCUCCCCGGUGCGCCAGGCCUACCUGCAAGCCAUGCUGGGGGCUUUCAAAGGUGACACCCUGGCCCAGGCGUCCGACCUCACGCCCCUCCUCCUUCAGACGGUGGACAAGGCCGCCUCCCAGAACUCCCAGCAGGCUCUGCUCUUGGAGGCCGUCACCGCCUCGGUCCUCCUGAGUCGCCUGGCUCUCCUGGACGCCCAGUCAGAGGCCCAGCUGGCCGGCUUCUGGAACAUCAUCCUGAACGAGAAGAAACCACUGUUCACCACGGAGAAGUUCCUCUCUCAGGCGAACGAGGAAGCCCUGUGUACCAUCCUGCAGCUGUGCGAGAGGCUGUUCCUGGACCACGCCCACAGGCUCAACAGCAGCAGCAAGGCACAGAUGUACCACCGUGCUCUCCUGGCAGUGCUGCUGUCGAGGAGCUGGCGUGUGCGGAAGCGAGCGCAGCAGACCGUCAAGAAGCUGCUGUCCUCUCACGGUGGCUCCGCCCUGGCCCACGGCCUUCUGGGGGAACUCCGCCUGGUCAUCAACAAACACAAAGUGUUACCUGUGGAGCUGCUGUUGACCGAGGCUGGGGAGUUGACUGAGCUGGGCCGCGCCUACAGUACCCCCCGCGUCCUGAAGGAGGCGCUGUGUGUGGUGUGCCCGGUGGCCGGCCAGUGGAACGACCCCGCCGAAGCUGACAAGAUGGCCAUGGACAUCCUGAUCGUCAUACACCAUCCCUCCAUCGUGGCAGCUCGGCCCGGCCUCUGGCCAAUCGUUCUGUCCUCCAUGAACAUCAAGGCUGCUGAGUUCAUCGACCAGAACCUGGACAGCAUCCUGUCACACCUGCUGGAGGGCAGCACUGACAAUCAGGCGGUGAGGAACGCCGUGGGCGCCCUGUGCGACCUAGCCCCUGUCAAGCUGUUGCCGCGGGUGAUAAGUCACGUGACAAAGGGCCUGUCCAAUCCGGCGCUGCUCCAGGUGACCCGGGAGGAGUACGACAUCAUGCUGACCCCAGAGGGAGAGCUCCAUGACAACAGCAUCAUCCAGAACGCUCAGCAGGAGACCACCAACAAGGGGAACAUCAAGAGGGAGAACAAGGCCUACUCCUACAAGGACCAGAUCAUAGAGCUGGAGCUGCAGGAGGAGAUCAGGAAGAAGAAGGGUAUCAAGGAGGAGGUGCAGCUCACCAGCAAGCAGAAGGAGAACGUGCAGCUCCAGCUGGAGAGGGAGUCGACCGUCCGCAAGAGGCUCCAAGGGCUGGACGCUGAGCUGCAGUGCACCGUGGGCCUGCUGGAGGCCGUGCUCAUCCAGAAACCUCCCCACAUCUCCUGGCAGCUCCCUGGGGUCCUCCAGGUCCUAAUGCCCCUCCUGCAGUCGCCCCUGGCUGCCCCUCGUAUCCAGCAAGUCUUCCUGGACAUCGGGGUCUGUCUAAUGCCCCCAGAUCUCCACAACCUGGCGGUGCUGGUGGGUCACGUGACCCUGCGCCUGGUGAAGCCUGAGUGCGAGCUGGACGAGGCGUGGAGCCAGGAGGACCUGGACACGGCCACCCAGCGCAGCGUCCAGCUGCUGCACAGUCACACCGUGCCUCACAGGGACGCCAAGAGCGACAAUGCUCCCCUCUCCGCCCCGGCCUUCUCCUUCUGCUUCUCUCUCCUCAACACCGUGCUGCGCCAGGCGCCGAGCGGCGCCGAGGAUACAGAGAGCAUGCUGGUCCGCGCCCUGCAGAUCAUCAACGAGCACGCCCAGCUCCGCGCCGAGGUGGACACCACCGACACGCUCAUUGACGAGAAUGGCCCGGAACUGCUCCCCCGAGUCGCCAUGCUGUUGCUCCUCACCAGGGUGAUCGCCACCGCCGCCCCCAGACUGCAGGUGCUGGCGUCCCAGUGCCUGACUGCGGUGUGUGCCAGCGCUGGAGGAGGGAGCGGCUGCACGCUGGCAGAGCUGGCUGAGAUCGACGUGCUGCUGGAGGCUCUGCUCUCCCCCUGCUUCUCCGUACGAGACGCCGCGCUCAGGGGCCUGCUGGAGAUGGAGAUGGCCCUGCCCACAGGAGCGUCUGAGCCCAGUGGGAUGAGCGUGCUGCGGAGGCUCUGGGUGGCCAGGUUCGACGUGGAGGAGGAGGGCCGCGCCCUGGCCGAGAAACUGUGGGAGGCGCUGUGUCUGGAGCUGGUCCCUGAGCUGUGUGCGCUGCUCAUCGGAGACGUCACCCACCACGAGGAGGCGGUGCGCUCGGCCGGCGCCGAGGCCCUGUCCAAGGCCGUGUCCGAGUACCGCGGCCAGUCCCCCACCGUCCUGGCCCGCCUCACUGAGCUGUACCACCAGAAGCUCUAUAGACCGCCUCCAGUCCUGGAUGCCCUGGGUCGAGUCAUCUCCGAAGCUCCGCCCGACCAGUGGGAAGCCAGGUGUGGCAUAGCCCUGGCUCUGAACAAGCUGUCUCAGUUCCUGGACGAGCCCCAGGUCACCCCUCUCUUCCUGUUCUUCGUCCCGGACGCUCUGAACGACCGCCACGCCGAAGUGCGCCGCUGCAUGCUGGACGCCGCGCUGGCCGCCCUCAACACGCACGGCAAGGACAACGUGAGCUGCCUGCUGCCCGUGUUCGAGGAGUUCCUGAAGGACGCCCCGCAGGACGCCAGCUACGACUCUGUGCGCCAGAGCGUGGUCAUCCUCAUGGGCUCCCUCGCCAAACAUCUGGACAAGAGCGACCCCAAGGUCAAACCCAUCGUGGCCAAGCUCAUCACGGCUCUCUCCACCCCUUCACAGCAGGUCCAGGAGUCCGUGGCCAGCUGCCUGCCCCCCCUGGUCCCAGCCAUCAAGGAAGACGCGGCGGGUAUUGUCCGCAACCUCCUGCAGCUGCUGCUGGAGAGCGACAAGUACGCCGAGAGGAAGGGUGCGGCCUACGGGCUGGCCGGCCUGGUCAAGGGCCUGGGCAUCCUGGCCCUCAAGCAGCAGGACAUCAUGACCACACUGACCGACGCCAUCCAGGACAAGAAGAACUUCAGACGGAGAGAGGGUGCCUUGUUUGCCUUUGAGAUGCUGUGUAACAUGCUGGGGAAGCUGUUUGAGCCCUACGUGGUCCACGUCCUGCCCCACCUGCUGCUCUGCUUCGGGGACGGGAACCAAUACGUCAGAGAGGCGGCAGACGAUUGUGCCAAGGCCGUGAUGAGGAACCUGAGUGCCCACGGGGUGAAGCUGGUGCUGCCCUCCCUCCUGGUGGCCCUGGAGGAGGAGUCCUGGAGGACCAAAGCAGGGUCUGUGGAGCUCCUGGGAGCUAUGGCCUUCUGCGCCCCCAAGCAGCUGUCCUCCUGCCUGCCCAGCAUCGUGCCCAAGCUGACCGAGGUGCUGACAGACUCCCACGUCAAGGUGCAGAAGGCCGGCCAGCAGGCCCUCAGGCAGAUCGGCUCCGUCAUCCGCAACCCCGAGAUCCUGGCCAUUACCCCCAUCCUGCUGGACGCUCUGACUGAGCCCUCCCGCAAGACCCAGAACUGCCUGCAGACGCUGCUGGACACCAAGUUUGUCCACUUCAUCGACGCGCCGUCCCUGGCCCUCAUCAUGCCCAUCGUGCAGAGGGCCUUCCAGGACCGCUCCACCGACACACGCAAGAUGGCCGCCCAGAUCAUCGGCAACAUGUACUCUCUGACAGACCAGAAGGAUCUGUCUCCAUACCUGCCCAGUGUCAUUCCUGGUCUCAAGGCCUCUCUACUGGACCCUGUGCCUGAGGUGCGGACAGUGUCAGCCAAGGCCCUGGGAGCCAUGGUGAAGGGCAUGGGAGAGACGUGCUUCGACGACCUGCUCCCCUGGCUCAUGGAGACCCUGGCGUCCGAGCAGAGCUCCGUGGACCGUUCCGGAGCUGCCCAGGGUCUGGCUGAGGUGAUGGCUGGCCUGGGCGUGGAGAAGCUGGACAAGCUGAUGCCCGACGUGGUGCAGACGGCCUGCAAGGUGGACAUCGCCUCGCACGUCCGCGACGGCUACAUCAUGAUGUUCAUCUACCUGCCCCUGACGUUCGGAGACAGGUUCACCCCCUACGUGGGCCCCAUCAUCCCCUGCAUCCUCAAGGCCCUGGCAGACGAGAACGAGUAUGUGAGGGACACAGCUCUGCGCGCGGGCCAGCGCAUCAUCAGCAUGUACGCAGAGACGGCCAUCGCUCUGCUGCUGCCCGAGCUGGAGGAGGGCCUGUUCGACGACCACUGGAGAAUCAGGUUUAGCUCGGUGCAGCUGCUGGGAGACCUGCUGUUCCAUAUCUCCGGCGUGACGGGCAAGAUGACCACAGAGACCGCCUCCGAGGACGACAACUUUGGAACGGCGCAGUCCAACAAGGCCAUCAUCGGGGCUCUGGGCCCUGAGCGGCGUAACCGUGUCCUCUCCGGCCUCUACAUGGGCCGCUCGGACACCCAGCUGGUGGUGCGGCAGGCCUCCCUCCACGUGUGGAAGAUCGUGGUGUCCAACACGCCCCGCACCCUCAGGGAGAUCCUCCCCACCCUCUUCACCCUGCUGCUGGGCUUCCUAGCCUCCACCUGCCCUGACAAGAGAACGAUCGCCGCUCGGACCCUGGGGGACCUGGUGAGGAAGCUGGGGGAGAAGAUCCUGCCUGAGAUCAUCCCCAUCCUGGAGGAGAGCCUGCGCUCCGACAAGAGCGACGAGAGGCAGGGCGUGUGCAUCGGCCUCAGCGAGAUCAUGAAGUCCACCAGCAAGGACGCCGUGCUGGUGUUCUCCGAGUCCCUGGUUCCCACGGUGAGGAAGGCCCUGUGUGACCCCUUGGAGGAAGUGAGAGAGGCUGCGGCCAAAACCUUCGAGCAGCUCCACGCCACCAUCGGCCACCAGGCCCUGGACGACAUCCUGCCUGCCCUGCUCAAGCAGCUGGACGACGAAGAGACGGCAGACUUUGCCCUGGACGGUCUAAAGCAGGUGAUGGCAGUGAAGAGUCGCUCGGUGCUGCCUUACCUGGUACCAAAGCUCACGGCCCCGCCGGUGAACACACGCGUCCUGGCCUUCCUGUCCGCCGUGGCCGGAGAUGCCCUCACGCGCCACCUGGCCGUCAUCCUGCCCGCUCUGCUCUUCUCCCUCAAAGACAAGCUGGGCAGCGAGGAGGGACAGCAGGAGCUGUCAAACUGCCAGACGGUGAUCCUGUCUGUGGAGGAUGACCUGGGCCAGCGCAUCAUCAUCGAGGACCUGCUGGAGGCCUCUCGGGGGUCCAACCCGGGCAUGAGGCAGGCCGCCGUCACCAUCCUCAACGGAUACUUCGCCCGCACCCGCCUGGACUACAGCGCCCACACGCGCAUCCUGCUGUCCGGCCUCAUCCGCCUGCUCAACGACUCCAACCCCGAGGUCCUCGUCCAGAGCUGGGACACCAUCCACUCCAUCACCAAGAAACUGGAUGCUGGAAGCCAGCUGGCUCUGAUUGACGACCUGCACAGAGACAUCAAAUCGGCCGCCGCAGAGGUCAAGGGUCAGCACCUGCCAGGGUUCUGUCUGCCAAAGAAGGGUGUGACCUGCAUCCUGCCCGUGCUGAGAGAGGGCGUUCUGACCGGCAGCCCGGAGCAGAAGGAGGAGGCGGCCAAAGCCCUGGGCGGAGUCAUCAAGCUCACCUCCCCCGAGGCUCUGCGACCGUCUGUGGUAAACAUCACCGGGCCGCUCAUCCGUAUCCUAGGAGACCGGUUUGCCUGGACCGUGAAGACGGCCCUCCUGGAGACUCUCACCCUGCUGCUGGCUAAGGUGGGCAUCGCCCUAAAGCCCUUCCUGCCCCAGCUCCAGACCACCUUCCUGAAGGCCCUGCAGGACUCCAGCCGGGCUGUGAGGCUGAGGGCAGCGGAGGCCCUGGGCCAGCUGGUGUCCAUCCACAGCAAGGUGGACCCCCUCUUCACCGAGCAGCUCUCUGCCAUCCGCAACGCCGAAGACUCUGGAGUCAGGGAGACCAUGCUGCAAGCCUUAAGGUUCGUCAUCCAAGGCGCAGGGUCAAAGGUUGAUCCCGCCAUCCGCAAGAGCAUCACCACCACGUUGCUCGGCAUGCUGGGACAUGAUGAGGAUGCUACACGUAUGUCCUCUGCAGGCUGUGUUGGUGAGUUGUGUGCCUUCCUGUCUGAGGAGGAGCUGAGAGACAUCUUGCUCCAGCACAUUCUGGCUGAUGUUUCCGGUGUGGACUGGAUGGUUCGUCACGGCCGUAGCCUGGCCCUGGCCAUAUCAGUGAAAUCCGCCCCAGAGCAGCUGUGUGUGGAGGAGUACUGCUCUACUGUGACAGAGGCCAUCCUGGCCAGUGCCACUGCAGACAGGAUCCCCAUCGCCACCAGCGGGGUCCGAGCCAUGGGGUACCUCAUGAGGCACCAGCUCAGGACCGGGGGCUCCAGCGAGGUGUCGCAGCGCAUCAUCACGCAGUUUGUCAAGUGUCUUCAGAACCAGUCCAGUGACAUCAGGCUGGUGGCCGAGCGCGUCCUGUGGUGGACGUUCAAGGAGCCGUCCACGCCCUCCCUGGAGCCCAGCCUGAUCAAGCCUCUGCUGAAGAGCCUGCUGGACAACACCAAGGACAAGAACACCAGCGUCCGCGCCCAAAGCGAACACACCAUCAUCAGUCUCCUCCGACUGCGCCAAGGAGAGGAAACCAUGCAGAGCAUGGCUGCCAUUCUUGACUCAGCUAGCAACGACCUGUUGUCAGAAUGUUACCGACGGUCCCUCAAGAAGAUGGCCAGCCUCCCUGACUCCAACGAGGAAAUAGACGACACAAUCCUCACGUAAUGGAGACAGGACUGGUCCAACUUGAUCAAUCCUUUAUGUUGCUCGUGUACUCAAAGAAACUCCCCAGCAACUGAAUAAACAACUCAGCUGUUCUGUGCAAGUGUGCACACACAUACGUCUUUGGAGAGAGAACACACACACACACCACCUUCUCUGCCAUCCGUGGAACACGAAAGAGUUGAACACAGUAUGAAAUUCCCUUCAUAUUCCGAAACUUGUAUUUUCUUUAAUUUCUUGUUUUAUUGGCACCAUGAACCACCAUUUGUUUUAUCCCAAUUUGUGCAAGUUGUUCUCAUAACGGUUACCUGAAGUUAGCUUGCGUCAACAGCAAAAUACUUUUUCCUCAUUUUAUUUCGACAUGUCAUGUUGAAGUCUUAUUUUAUUGAUUCAAUCACUGGUUCCAGUGUGACAAAUCAUCUGCCCUUCUUUGGUUAAUCACUCCCCCAUAUGUGUGUAACGAUGGCAACCUUGGUAUUCUGAACAAUUAUAGCUUGUACAAAGACAAUACAAAUAAAACAUGGUUUGAUUGAA